AUGCCGAUUCCUCUGUGGGAGCAGAGAUCUCCGCCAGGUGACUAUGGUAUCAAGCAUGAGGAUAUAGCCUUUGCGAUCGAAGAAUUCGAACGCAUGCAAAUCCAUGAAGGCCUUCAGAGCGCACAAAAAGAAUACCUUUCUCAGGGGCUUGAAUGCUUCAACCUUUGGAUAGCUAAGGCCGGCCAGUUACCUACAGUUGCUCUGACAUAUAUAUCCGGGCUCUUAAAAAAAAUGGCUUACUUGCCCAGGCUGUGUCACCUUGACCAUCAAGCUCUGAGAUCCGUUUGCCUUGGCAUGAGAGUCCUAGCAGAUCAUUAUACUGCACUGAAGCAAGACUUUCCACAUGAAAUCACUCAGUAUGAAGAGUUUGGCGAUGUGUUUGAGCCCUUGACGAGCGUUCUGCGCUGUGAUAUAUGCUUCGGUGGCGAGAAGUUCAACGAAAUUGAUCCGGCAACAGGGAGACAAUAUGACUGGAGUUAUAUUGCCUCAGUCCUCAAAAGAUACCCUUAUAUGUCCCUUCCUUCCUGGUAUCAGCAAUCUCAAGCCCUGUCCGCACCUCCACCGAUAGCGGAAACUCAAACAGCUCUUAUUGCCAGCCUCAGGUUGGCUAGCACCACUCUUAGCAUUGACUUCGACGCCGUUGCAUGGCAAAUUAUCAGGUACAACGUGUAUUUAGAAGUUCCUCGAGGGCCAAAACUAUCACUGCGAACUGGAAACUGGCGCCAACUUGCAACAAGCAUUGACGGCGCGCUCGUAACCCUUAGAGUGGUCUCCCAGUUGAUGGCGGAGAAAUAUAAGGACAACUCAAAUUCAGGACACUCUCUUCUUCGAGCUGUGCAGUGUACACAGUCCAAGUGGUUCGAGAAUUUCACUUCGCUGGACGAAUUCACAUUGACCAACGAAGCCAUUGAGCUCAGUCGUCGGCUGGCUGAGACAGGCGAUCCUCGAAGUGACCGUGACUUGCGCUGUGAGGCGCUUUACCACAUCAUGUCAUACAAAAAGGUGAAAGCGUCCACCAUUUUAAAUCAAAUGCAGCGUGCGGGCGAAAAUCGUUCAUUCCAGCCAUCAAUGGCAGCCCAAGUUCCCGCCUUGGGAGGCCAGCCUCAGUUAGAAGGAGAUCGUAGGAUUGACCAAAGCAGGGCCGCCAUGAUUCUCAACGCGUUGCACCGCAUGGUAGAUAUUUAUGACUAUCUGCCUGACCACAUUGCUGCCUCUGAUCUAAGUCUCACCCUGUUGAUGGCAAUCCUUCACCCUUCGUUUUACCGAGCUUCCUUCAUCGAAUUGCUUCCCACAUACGCGGGCCACAGUGAGAGGGAACUGGAGGAAGUUAACCUCGUCCGUAUUCCCCAUAGGGGUCUCGCAUCAAAAGCCUCCUUUGAGGGGUUCUUUCACGUGAGCAUGGGUCGCAAUACCGUUCCCCCGAAUGCAGAAGAGGUUGUUGGGCAAAUCUUAAGGGCAGUUGAGGAGGGUGAUCAAGGGACUUUAGACCUUCACGACUUCGACAUCAAUGCACGAAAUUACGAGCCUUUGUACAGUGACGACCGCGCCCUGCAUCUUGUCUCGUUGCUGCGUGGGAUUGCUAACUCUCGACGGCCGUAUCCUAAUAUCAGUCCCGGAGAGGAUCAAGGAUAG